AUGACCAGGUUAGACGGAACGGGGGAUUCCCGGCUACCCAUUCCUCCAUAUCCUUGUCUCGCACCUAAACUUACAGCUCAUCUAGGUAAGCUGGAUCCGGUAGGAAGGGAGCAAAGAACCGGACAAGAUUCAUAUAUGACACCGAUUUCUGCCUCGGUUCAAACUGACACGUACGGCCAACAUGCCUCCUGCCGACCCGACAACGGCCACCGUUUCAUAGAAAAAGUUCUUUGUUUUCGUAGCCUUAAUUUGCAGCCCCAUGUCCCUAACUAUUUGGCGCAAGUUGACAUCGGAAGUGCUACCCAUAUAAUGGACGAUUCUCUCAUCAUCCGGCAGAAUACUAUUCAUAAAAUGCAUCAAAGUUGCCGGUCCGUUGACGAACCCUUGAGGCAUGAGCCGACAACGAUACGAUUUCUCUUUGUACGGAACGCCUAG